AUGUCGGAGAUUGGAGCUGCCAUGGCACUGCUGAAAGAUGAGGUAGAUAUAGUGAUACCCACAAUUAGGAGCCUUGAUUUCUUGGAGAUGUGGAGGCCAUUCUUUCAGCCCUACCAUCUUAUCAUCAUCCAAGAUGGUGACCCUUCAAAGAUCAUUAAGGUGCCGGAGGGCUUUGACUAUGAAUUCUACAACAGGAAUGAUAUCAAUAGGAUUCUUGGUCCCAAGGCCUCUUGCAUCUCGUUCUUGGACUCUGCUUGUAGGUGCUUUGCCUUCUUGAUCUCCAAGAAGAAGUACAUCUUCACCAUUGAUGAUGACUGCUUUGUUGCCAAAGAUCCGUCUGGCAAAGAAAUCAAUGCUCUUGAGCAGCACAUCAAGACCCUGUUGACCCCCUCCACUCCAUAUUUCUUCAAUACUCUCUAUGAUCCAUACAGAGAAGGUGCCGACUUUGUCCGUGGCUAUCCUUUCAGCCUUCGUGAGGGAUCUCCUACUGCUGUUUCUCAUGGCCUCUGGCUCAACAUCCCUGACUAUGAUGCCCCAACCCAGCUUGUCAAGCCUCGCGAGAGGAACACCAGAUAUGUAGAUGCAGUUGUAACAAUUCCGAAGAAGGCCUUGUACCCUAUGUGUGCCAUGAACUUGGCUUUUGACCGGGAGCUCAUUGGACCUGCAAUGUACUUCGGGCUCUUUGGCGAUGGCCAGCCAAUUGGACGCUAUGAUGAUAUGUUCGCUGGCUGGUGUUCCAAGGUUAUAUGCGACCACUUGGGAUUUGGCGUCAAGACCGGUCUGCCAUACAUAUGGCACAGCAAAGCCAGCAACCCUUUCAUCAACCUCAAAAAGGAGUACAAUGGCCUCUUCUGGCAAGAAGAGGCCAUCCCAUUCUUCCAAUCUGUCACCUUUCCUAAGGACUGCACCAAUGCCCAGCUUUGCUAUAUUGAGCUCGCCAAACAAAUCAAGGUUAAAGCUUUCCAAGAUAGACCCCUACUUCUCCAAGCUGGCUGA